AUGCGCAUGGACGAUUUUACGAGCCUGGUCACCUUUCUGGACGAGUUUAUGCGCUUGCACUCUUGGAUGACGGAGUACAAGCUGCAAUCGAGCCCCUACUGUGCCUUCCUGUUUAUCAUGCGCCAGUUAAGCAGUUAUGAAGAUGUGAGAGAUUCAAUUAUGGAAUCUCAUCGAGUCUCCGGUGCUACAGCUGUUUGA